GGGAUGAUGUGGGAUGGUGCUGCGAAGUGUUGGUAUGUUGUGGGAUGCAGCAGCUGGGAUGAGAUGUGCUGGGAUGUGCUGGGAUCAUCCUUGGACUUGCUGGGGUGUUGUGGGAUGGUGCUGGGAUGUGCUAGGACUGUGUGGGAUGUGCUUGAAUGGUGCUGAGAUGGUGCUGGGAUGCUGAGCGCCAGCCAGCUGCCCACGUGGCAGCUCUGCAACUUGCAUAACUCUGCUACGCAGCUGCGUAGAUGGCAGCGUGUGAUGGAAAGUUCUCCUCAGGCUUUGGGUGCAGAAGUGCCUGCAGGGAAGGCCGGGCCAAAAUCCUUGGCUGCCUGCCGUGCUGGAGCCCCACAGGCGUCCCAGGGGUGGCUGUUGUCUUUAUUGACUUCACCAAAAAGACCAUUCGGUUCAAUCCUUUGUUUGUCUGAAAUGUAUUUUCGUGCUUUGUGUUCAGGUCCUGAGAGACAGAAAGAGGCAUGGAGAAUUGGAGAAUAUCCGCAGAGGCUCUGCCAUGUCCUGAAGAAAAUGGUGAAGGAGAAGGCAGCACAGGGUCCUGAGAGACAGAAAGAGGCAUGGAGAAUUGGAGAAUAUCCGCAGAGGCUCUGCCAUGUCCUGAAGAAAAUGGUGAAGGAGAAGGCAGCACAGGGUCCUGAGAGACAGAAAGAGGCAUGGAGAAUUGGAGAAUAUCCGCAGAGGCUCUGCCAUGUCCUGAAGAAAAUGGUGAAGGAGAAGGCAGCACAGGGUCCUGAGAGACAGAAAGAGGUAUGGAGAAUUGGAGAAUAUCCGCAGAGGCUCUGCCAUGUCCUGAAGAAAAUGGUGAAGGAGAAGGCAGCACAGGGUGGGUGUCUUUCUGUCUGUUCACUGAAGGACUGGGGAAGCAGAGUUUCUAGAUAGAUACAUGGAUGGGAUGCAGGUGCU